AUGUGCUAUGUUUUAUCAAAGCCGUACAGUGGCUUGGGGUUAGCGUCUCCACACUUCCUCUUUGCUAUAUCGUGUAUCGGGGCAAGCUUUGACGACUAUUCGAAAGAGAGUAUAUGUGGCCAGUUGGAGACAAUAAAAAAGAAAAGACAGAGGAUGGAUGAACCCAUGAAGCCCUGCCCAAGAGUUUCCGAAGAGGAUCGACUAUACGAAGGCCUCACACCUGUGGAAGGCGAUGUGCCACUACCAACCUCAACGCCACGAAGUUCUCCGAUCUGCAAACAGAGUAAUGAUAGUGUUUCAGAUACGGGGACAUGGGGGCCAUGGCGCAGUUAUAGAACUGUCGGAUGCCACCAGUUUGAAGAUCAAGAUUCCCCGUGCACGGUAGGUACGAGCGAUAUGUUUGUUACUCUUGAACCCCACGAAACCUGGAUACAUGUUGAGAAGCGCGAAAUUAAAUUUGAUCUGCCGGAGGAUGCUCAGACGGGCGAGGUCCUCCGAUACCAGUUUAAGGGAUGCAAGCUGAGCUGGUGGGAUUGGAGAGUAAAGGAGGAUCACAUUGACACAAUUGUCAGAGUUGUUGGGUUUGGGACAGCAAUCGCCAUUCCACCGGAUAAUAAUGGACGGCCGAAUGUUCUGGUACUAGCUUCAAAUACGCUGCAGUUCAUCGUUAUCGAAUAA